GAAAAGAUCAUUAAGUCAAAAGAAGAAAAGAAGGCGCCGGUCGCUCCGGUGCGGCGACGGCGCCGCGUCCAAGCGGCUCCCGUGGUGCCUGCGGGCAGCGGCUUCGUCCGGGAGGGCGAGCUCCAGGUGGAGCAAGAGAUGGGAGCGGUGAAGUGGACGGUCACUUCCGGGCCGCCUGUCUCUGUCUUCGUGGAGGUGUCUUUGGAGCUGGCAGAGGAUGCCAACGUCUUCUUGCACUGGGGCUCCGCCCCGGGGGCGGGAUGCGAAUGGGAACCCAUCAGUGCUCUGCCCGCCAAUGCCACGGCCUUCGACGAGAUCGCCUCCCGCACGCCCGUUCAGGGCCAGGCACGUGCCACGUUGAUCUUCCCCAAGAAUCCUCCACGGUGGGUCUCCUUUGUCUUGUACGUCCAGACGGGUCCUGGUGAGAUGUGGCUGAAGCGCGAGGGCGGCGACAACUUCUGGAUCCCG